AUGCCGUUUGUACACAAUGACCUUGAUCUACCAAGACCAACAUUGAAUAUAGAAAUAGAAGUGCUGAUUUUGAAGCUGUCGACGUCACGAAUUAUGGAACAAGGACAAAAAAUAAGAAAUAAGGAUGAAACACCUCAAGUUAUGAAUCCUCCUCAGAUGAUGUAUUAUGGUGGAUACCCUGUAAAUCAGGAUCAACUUCACAGUUCCUAUUUUGGUUAUAAUCAUAACCCAUUUAAUAAUUCAUCGCACUACAGCCCAAACCAGAAUACUGAACAAAUGUCUAUAAAUACACUUCCAACCUCCAAUUCCUACUCUCAACUAGGUAUUAAGUCUGAGGAGUCUAUAGAUUUCCCCGUUAAUUCUCCUUCAGUAAUUGGAAAUGCUAUUACAAAUAACAAAAAUAUUGUAAACAGUUCACCCAGUUCUCAUUGCAAAUCAGAGCUUCUGGCUGAUAAUGUUGACAAUGCACUUAAGGGGAUAGAUGGGUCUUUGAAAACCGACAAUACAAUACUUCCGAAAAUAGAGAAAGUCAGUCGUUCAGCUCAGCAACCCAAGUUACCUCAGCAAACACUUACUUCUAGUAGAAGUAUGCAGAAAGUUCAUUCCAAAUCUAAAUCAAAGAAAAACAAUCAAGUAUCAAAUGAAACUGACAAAGAUCUACAACAAUCCAACCCUUUUGUUCAAUGGUAUCAAAUGAUGUCACAGUACUAUAGUCAAUUUUAUCCAGGAUAUCAAAUGCCUCAGCCAUCAAUUCUACCACAACAACAAUCUGCCAUUCAACUUCCCAUGGAUAAGUCAUCAAGAACUCCUGCAAGUCAUUCACUUAAUCCUAAUAUAAAACAUAAACCUCAGGCAUUUCAAAUGCCGUCUGUAAAUCAAACAGCACCAUUUGAUUAUGCAAACUACUAUUUUCAAUAUUAUGCUGCAGCUGCACAAUUAUGGUCUGGUGGUCAACCAUAUCCAUUGUUUGGAAGUGGAAUUCCUGAAACUCCACGAUUUUACAAUACUCCACAUAUCAAAGCUUGGAUGGGUUGUCCUGGUGUUAUUGUUCAGGUUUUACCAUCAAGACCACGAGAUGGAGAAUUUGCUAGAGUGGAAAUAAUCAAUCUAUUUGAACUUGUCAAUGAAGCUUUGGCUGAUGCAACAAGAAGAGCAUCAGAGAUCAGUUACAAUAACACUGUACGUACUCGCAACUCUGAAUUUAUCCAACAACAUGAAUCAUCUGAACAAAAUACUCUUUAUGAUAUAACUGAUUCUGGAAUGCAAACUCCAAGUCAUUCUCAUAGUCCUUCUAGUAUUACUGCUGGAGGUGUUGAUGAAGAAGAUGGUGAUGAAAAACGUGCCUGUGUUAUGGCUGCUGCAUGUUGGAACCGGUCAGAGCACCAAUCUUAUCCAGGACCAUUAAAUCGUAUAGGUACUCUAAAAGCUGAUGUACUCACUUUUUUACAUGAAAAACUCAUGGAAAUUCAAGAUCGAUUACCUGUAGAUUGGGAAUCGGCUGAUCUUUUAUUAAUGUUCCUUGAAACUUUAGUUAAAAAUAAUGGUGUAAGUUGA